CGACGGAGUUUUGAGCCAUUAACGUCAUUCCUUGUUCCGGCAAAUUACGUGAUGGCAUUGGCGGCCCAGUUCGCCCCUAAAUCGGUUCUUCUUCUCCGGCGAGUGCGACUCCGAGGGGCGAACUCCAAGCGCUGUUUGGAACCACCAUCUGCAUCUCAGUUUUCUUCUUCUACUGGUUUCCUCCACUGCUGCAAUGGUGGUCAUUAUCCCAAAUUUAUGUCCUUGAGAAUCCAUUCAUCAGCGCCGAUUCUCACGCCAGCAAGGAAUGAUCGGAGUUAUCCUUCAGGUUUACGCCGGUUCUGCUUCAAUUACCGUUCUGCUACGACUGGUAGUAGUAACACCGCCGGCAAUGAGAAUGGCGAGGAGAGGAGCGGGAAGUCGUAUCUGGAAUUGACCGACGAAGAACUGAUGCGACAGUGCGAGAUGGCUACUUAUAAGGCAUCCGGCCCCGGCGGUCAGCACCGGAACAAGCGCGAGUCCGCCGUCCGUCUCAAGCACUUACCUACUGGCAUUAUCGCUCAGGCUGUUGAGGAUCGAUCUCAGCACAAGAAUCGUGCUUCAGCUUUGAAGCGGCUACGUACGCUGCUGGCUCUCAAAGUGAGAAACGCUGUGGAACUUGAUGGAUAUUCACCUCCGCCGGAGCUUCUUCAAAUUCUUCCUUCCAAGUCCACCAUCAAAACCCCGGUUUCUGGUUCUCAAAUUGGCCCCAAUAAUCCUAAAUUCGCUAUGGGAAUGCAAGCUCUCCUGGACCUUAUAGUCGCUGUUGAGGGUUCUGUAUCUGAAGCUGCAAAACUGCUUGGGUUAAGCACAGGUGCAUUAUCGCGAUUAAUACUCUCAGAUGACUCGCUUCGUCUGGCUGUGAAUGAGUUCCGGAAUUCCAAGGGCAUGAAGCCUCUGAAGUAGGACGAAGCAGAUUCCAUGGCGCAGCCAUUUUCGGAGCCCAUUCGUUACACAAAUAAUGCAUAUUCGAGGUAAUUACAACCAACCUAUGUAGAUGCAAGUGUAAAUCUGAAGCUGAUGUCCGAUCGUAUAAUUUCGAAAGAAGCUCUCAGAUGAUAGAAUGUUCAAACAGCUGUGUUGCAUAUGAUCUGGCACGUAGUCUUGAGUUUAUGCGAGCAGCACUGAAGUUUUAUUUUGUCGCUAUUUCUUACAUCUGUAAUGUCCGACCUCACAACCUGCAAAGAAGCAACUCUUUACUUUCAUGGGAAUCACAGCAGUGGCCGGCUCUUAACAUAUAGAUGUCCAACAGCCACAAACAUCCUCUCGAGAUCAUCUCGAUCUCGGCCAUUGGUCCGUGGAGCCUGCCAUUAAAAACACAUUCAAAACUCAAGAAUCUAGAGUAUUGAUAUGGAAUAUUAUACAUCGGAUAUGAUGGAUUUCUGUGGACAGACUCUCCGCUUGUUCUUCGUUCUAUCGACUUUGAGUUAUUAGUAUGAUUGUUGCUUUGUUGCAUUCUCUAUAGUGAACAUAGGAAUGUUAAGAUGAGAGGGUUCGUGAAUCGUGACCAUGUACGAAGUCCAUUGAGGAUUAUAGCUUAUUUUGGGUGUGUUUUUUCUUCCUCUUUUUCUCUGUCAAAUGGAUUGAAAAGGAAAGUGUUGCAAGUAGAAAGGCAGGAGGGGAACUGGGGAAUGUGGAGUUAAUAAAAGGGGGAAAAGGGUCAAAAGUUGUACGAAUAUAUAGAUUUGGAUUUGGGGGAUUUAUAGCGAAUAGAGAAGCGGUUUGGUGCAGCCGCAUAUGUUCCCAGAGAAUGAGGUUCUUUUUCUCUCUUUGUUCCCUCCCUCCACCACCACCUGAGAAGAAGAACCUAUCUGUUGCCUCCCUUCAGUUGACUUUCUUUUUCUUAGCAAUGUAUUCAUUUCUAUCCACAAUCCAAAAGUCAGAAAGGAACCUCACUCUAAAGUCAACUUGUAUGGAACCUGGGUUUUUAUGUUUGAGCCACCUGAAUAAUCUUUUAUAUCCGUUUGACGAAGUAUUUGUCCAACCUUGUGUUGGUGUGGUAAUUUGGUGUGGUGUGACGUAGUUCGGAUAAAAUCGAGCAAGCAGUAGAUGGGUUGUGGUAUGAGGUAAGUUAUAAGAAUGUCUUGAUAAGCAAUUUGUGAUCUCUUAUUAUAGUGUCUAUAAGUGGCAGCCUUCAUGCCACAUUUUUAGAAAAUCUGUAAAAACUUAUGUAUGAAAUUGAUCUAUCGUUUGACAAAUGUAAUAGUGAGAACGGAUUGUUUCUAAUCGAGAGUACAAUUCCUAGGUUACGGAUGAGUUUUCAGAAUCGUUCUUAUCUUAAUGAAGAAAUAUUCAAAAU